AUGGCCAUGUACUUCUACGACCGCUACGGGUUGAGCGUCGGCACGGCGGGCACGCUCGCGUCGCUCUUCGGCUGGAUGAACCUCUUCGCCAGAGGCCUCGGGGGCCUCGCGUCCGACGCCGCGAACCGGCGGCUCGGCAUGCGGGGCCGGCUCCUCGUGCACACGGCCUACCUCUUCGCCGAGGGCGCAAUCCUCGUCGCGUUCUCCUACGUCGACGCGCUCGCGCCGGCCGUCGCGGCCCUCGUCUGCUUCUCGAUCUGCGUCCAGGCCGCCGAGGGCACGACCUUCGCCAUCGUGCCCUACGUCGCGCCGAAAUCGCUCGGCGCCGUCGCCGGCGUCGUCGGCGCGGGCGGCAACGUCGGCGCCGUCGCCUGGGGGCUCCUCUUCAUGUUCGGCUCCGACGGCGCCGCGGGC